CGGCGAUCGCCGGAGGAAUCCGGGGGGGCUUCUGCCGCGGCCGAAGGGGGAUGGUUCUGCUCGAGCGCUCUCCGGCGGCGGUUCCCGCGGCGGCCGUCGCCUCCUCCAGCCCGCUUCGGAGGUCGUCGCCGAGGGUUCCGCCGCGGGGGGAUGCGUCCCCGCCCUCCGAUCCCAUCCUCCCGUACCUCAGGUCUAUCAACAAGGCUAUGGAUGAGCUCAGGACAGGCCCAAAAUUUGAAGCUGCUGCACUUGAUCGGCUCAAGACUUAUGUAAUGGAAUGCAUUGAUAAGUAUGGCGAUGAUUACCAGUACUCCACUGACCCCCGACUCCUCAAGAUCUGGAUCCUCUAUGCGGAUGCAAUUGGUGAUUUUGAUAAGGUGUAUAAGAAGUUGGAGGAGAAAAGAAUGUAUUUGGAGCAUGCACUGCUCUAUGAUGCAUAUGCACUAUUUCUUUUUAGUAAGGGGAACGUGCUGGAGGCUGUUAAAGUAUAUGAAGUUGGUAUUUCCAGAAAAGCUGAGCCACUUGAUCAUUUGAAGAAGAUGUAUACGAUAUUUUUGAAACACAUGGAGAAGAUUAUAGAAGAAGCAGAUGCCGAUGCACAGCCCAAACCAUCAAAAAUACAGAAGAAGGAUCCUAUUUUGGUGGAUCCGUGGUCAGAGUCUACUAUGAAUAAUUUAUUGGAGAAAAUUAAUGUUGGCCUAAAGAAGCUCACUGGAUAUCAUAAGAUCAACAAGGUCUAUCCAGGAAAGGUGCCGUUAACUUCGUCUCAGAAUGUUUUAAGAAACAAGGUUAUUGAAUUAGGUGGCAGAAAGUACCAGAUCAAAGGUUCUCCUGGUACUGGUGCUUUUGCAAAAGUAUACAAAGCCAGUGUCGACGGUAAUACGGAAGACCUGGUUGCUUUAAAGAUUCAAAAGCCUCCAUUUCCCUGGGAAUUUUACAUGUAUCGCCAGCUUGAUAUACGCAUAUCUGAUAUUGAGAGACCAAGCUUUGGCUACACUCAUGAUGUGCACGUAUAUGCUGAUGUCAGUGUGCUAGUUUGUGAUUACCUGCCGUAUGGAACUCUUCUGGAUGUUAUAAAUUCCCAUAUAGUACUUGAACGCCAUAUGGAUGAAGUUCUAUGCAUAUAUUACACUAUAGAGAUGCUGCGUAUGCUGGAAACACUGCACAGCGUUGGCAUAAUCCAUGGUGAUUUCAAGCCUGACAAUAUGCUUGUUUGCUACCCAAGUGGAGAUAUCACAGACGAAACCUUCAAAGGCGAGACAAGAACCGAGCGGAAUCAGGGGCUCUGCCUUGUUGACUGGGGCCGUGGCAUCGACCUGAACCUUUUCCCAGCCGGCACGGAGUUCCACGGUGACUGCCGAACCUCGGGGUUCAGCUGCGUUGAGAUGCAGGAAGAGAGAGCCUGGACGUUUCAGGCUGACACUUACGGCCUCUGCGUCAUCGCGCACAUGAUGCUACAUGGGACACAGAUGAGCAUCGAGAAGGCGCCCAGGCCCGGUGGAAGCUACAUGUACCAGCCCAAAUCGCCGUUCAAGAGGUACUGGAACGUGGAGCUGUGGAGAAACCUCUUCUCCACGCUGCUCAACGCGACCUCCAACGGCAACGACGCGGCCGUCCUCCGGAGCCUGCGGAUGUCGUUCCAGGAGUACCUGUGCAGCAGCCGGCAGCUCGUCGGCAAGCUGAACCAGCAGCUGGCCAAGCAGAAGACCUCCCUCUGCCUAUCCUGAUCAACCUCGUUUCAUCGCAUCGUUCCCUGAUUCCCUGAUGUUUUUGCCUGUACAAAGUAUAUAUUCCUUUCGUAACUUCGCAGCAUUUCUUCCUGCGUGCAGCAGCAGGAAGAAAUGUUCACUUGUGAAACACGCCUAUUGGUCCACGGACGGGGAACUGCCAUGCCAGUAUGGCAGCCACCGUGCUGCGUAUGCAUCUGUCACGUCAUAGUUUUUUUUCUCUCUGCCGUGGUAAGUCAAAGGGGUGGCGUUCGCGAUCAGAUCAUCAGAUGAGAUGAUGAGGCAGUGAUGAUGGUGUAAUGGUGUCUUCUUGGCCACAGGACCAGGCCAAUUUGGCGAUUUCCAGCCGUGCAUGGCCCGGCCGACCGUCGCUGGCCGUUCUGUUUGUGUGGUCGCGGAGGCCGGGCGUCGCUGUCUGAUCGGUCGGGGGCAUCGUGACCUGAUCCGUCGUCGGAGGAUGACAACGUAAGCGGAGCGUCAGGUGCUGCGGCUAUACGAUAGAGCGAGCACGUUCUGAACAGCAUCAUGGGACAUAGAGAUUGUUCAUAUUGAUCGUGUUUUUAGAAACUAUAUUCCGCUUAGAAACAUUGUACGUCAGCUUUGUUUCGGCAAUGUUUUCUAGGUUAUCCGCUAGCCUUAAGUUAACACGAGAUCCAUCGCAUCGAUCUCUCAUCGUUGAUUCAUGAUUACAUAAUCCUAGGU